AUGGAUUUAUCUGACGAAAUACUUCUGAUUAUUUUUGAGGAAUUGGAUAAUGUUGAAAUGCUCAAUUCUUUAAUGGGUACUAACACACGACUUGAUAGAGUUCUACGACAUCCAAUUUUUACUAGUCAUUUAACGUUAAUGAAAUCGUCAUCAAAUGGACUUUCCCAUCCAUUGGAUGAUAUUAUGGUUGAUCGAUUUUGUUCUCAAAUAUUGCCUCAAAUUCAUCAUAAUAUCAAAUGGCUCAAUCUCGAAUCAUUAUCUAUGGAGCGUGUUCUUCUUGCGUCUGAUUAUCCUAAUUUAUUUGGAUUGGGUCUUUACGAAAUUAAUUAUGAUGCCGCUCUACGUCACUUUAGUGGUAUUGAUAUUGAACGUUUGAAUGUUUCUAUACCUACCAAUUUUUCUUCUUCAACUCUGGUGGAAUUGCAUAGAAAUGUGGCUCGUUUCGGCGAUUGUCUUUAUUUACUCGAUGGUCGUUUCAAUCAACUUCGUUCAUUUUAUGUUAGAAUUUGUAUAAUUUCCAGCCAUCUAAUUUAUCCAUCGUCAAUAACUGAUAAUAAAAAAGAGUUGGUUAAUUUGAAAUGUUUUUCAUUGAUUUCUAAUUGUGGAACAAGUGAUUAUGAUGAAUUAAUCUUGCUACUUUUACAUCGAAUAUCAAAUCUUGAAAAACUAACUUUAUAUGUUUUGCUCGAUCGUUACACAUCAUUUAUCGAUGGUAAUCAUUUUCAACAAGACAUUAUCAACCAAUUACCACGAUUAAAUAAAUUCUUAUUUAAUAUUUAUUCAUUCAUAAACAUUACCGAUUUAUUGUAUCAACCAACAAAUGAAGAUAUUCAAUCUACAUUCAAAAAUUUCAAUGACUGUAAAAUAAGUUCUGCUGUGGAUUAUUUUCCAAAAGAAGGAAAUAGUCUAUGUCAUAUAUACUCACAUCCUUAUAGACUGAAGCAUUACCAUCAUAUAACAAAUAAUUUUCCAGGUGGAUUAUUCAACUAUGUUGAAGACAUAUCGUUAUUUGAUGAACGUCCUUUUGAACAUGAAUUUUUUAUUCGACUUACUAAGGUAUUUCCACUUCUAAAGAAAUUACGUGUAUCAAAUGAAGAACCACAAAAUUACAAAAAUUGUCAAAACUCUAAUAACGAUAAUCGGUAUUCGUCAAUCAUUGAGUAUCCUCAUCUUACUGACCUGUCUCUCACCUUUGUACAUGAAGAUUACGUUGAGCAAUUUCUUCUGGAUACAAAAGCAUGUCUAUUGAAUAAUAUUACGCUUCAAGUCGGCUAUGAAUGUCUACAAAGAGUGACACACAAUUUUACAAAUAACGCAACUCGAGUCAAUUGUGCUAAAUUAACAUGUCUUCUAAUUUCUCAAUGUUGGAGAUAUCCGAAACUUUGUGAUACCUAUUUUCCUCAUGUAAAAAACGUGUUUGGUUAA